GCAAGUACAAAGUAUAGAAAAAAAGUGAAAGCAUGCACAGGGUACCACCUACCACGCCACCACCCUCUUCACUUGGAGAGUGAUGGUGUCCCCAACAACCACCAAAAGGCGUUGUUUUUAAGGCUUCUCUUCCUCUUAAGUAUUAAGUUUCAACGCCCCUCAGCGGAGUUUUCCACUUCCCACCAACUUUACCCAACACAACCUUCACAUAAAUAAAACCCAUUACACCCUCACUUCGAAAACCUCAUUCAUUCUUUUCUAACAAACGAAACUCAAAACAGUGAAAGAAAGAAAAAAAAACACUGCACAAAACAAUGGCUUUGAAUUUGAUUCAUCGACCAGCCACUAAACCACCAUCUUCCUCCUCCUCUUUCGUCACCCCUCGCCCUUUGCGGACCACACAGAGCAUCCCUGUGAGGAACUCGCGGCGCUCCAUCGCCGUGCGCGCCGCCGCCACGGAGGCUCCUGUGGCUACUAUUACGGCGGCAAGGGAGUGCAGGGUGAAGUCGGUGAAGGCCCGGCAGAUCGUGGACAGCCGCGGGAACCCGACGGUGGAGGUGGAUCUGGUGACGGACGGGCUUUUCCGAGCGGCGGUGCCGAGCGGCGCGUCGACGGGGAUUUACGAGGCGUUGGAGCUGAGGGACGGGGACAAGAGCGUUUACGGCGGGAAGGGUGUUCUUAACGCCGUUAGGAACAUCAACGAGGUCUUGGCUCCCAUACUCGUUGGCGUCGACGUUAGGAAUCAAGCUGAUGUUGAUGCUAUUAUGCUGGAAAUUGAUGGAACUCCUAACAAAUCAAAACUAGGGGCUAAUGCAAUAUUGGGAGUUUCGCUGAGUGUAUGUAGAGCUGGUGCAGGGGCAAAGGGAGUGCCCUUGUACAGGCACAUCCAGGAGAUUUCAGGAACAAAAGAACUUGUUAUGCCAGUUCCAGCUUUCAAUGUUAUAAAUGGGGGCAGUCACGCUGGGAAUAAUCUGGCUAUGCAAGAGUUUAUGAUACUACCAGUUGGAGCAACUUCAUUUGCUGAGGCUCUCCGCAUGGGCAGUGAAGUUUAUCAUGUAUUAAAGGGAAUAAUCAAGGCAAAAUAUGGACAAGAUGCAUGUAAUGUUGGAGAUGAAGGAGGAUUUGCUCCCAAUGUUCAAGAUAACAGGGAGGGGCUUGUUUUACUCAUGGAUGCCAUUGACAAGGCUGGUUAUACUGGCAAGAUUAAAAUAGGUAUGGAUGUUGCAGCUUCAGAGUUUUACACUAAGGAUGGGAAGUAUGAUUUGAACUUCAAGAAACAGCCAAAUGAUGGAGCUCAUGUUCACUCUGCUCAGAGUCUUGGUCAACUAUAUAAAGAUUUUGUUAAAGAAUUUCCCAUUGUGUCAAUUGAGGAUCCGUUUGAUCAAGAUGAUUGGGGUUCAUGGGCUUCAUUGCUCGCUUCAGUUGAUAUUCAACUUGUAGGAGAUGAUUUGUUAGUUACAAAUCCUAAGAGAAUAGCUGAGGCCAUCAAAAAGAAGGCUUGCAAUGGUUUGCUUCUAAAGGUUAACCAGAUUGGUACAGUGACCGAAUCUAUUCAGGCUGCACUUGACUCAAAGGCUGCAGGUUGGGGUGUCAUGGUUAGUCAUCGGAGUGGCGAGACUGAGGAUAACUUCAUCGCGGAUCUCUCUGUUGGCUUGGCCAGUGGACAGAUAAAGACUGGUGCUCCUUGCCGAAGUGAGCGAUUGGCAAAGUAUAAUCAGCUUCUUCGGAUUGAAGAGGAACUUGGAAGUGUGCGAUAUGCCGGUGAAACUUUCAGAUCACCUUAGAGUGAACUCAAUUGAUCCAAAAAAUCUUAUUCUGGAAAAGAUUCUGCAUCAGAAUCAUUGUCAUCAUUGAUUUACCAAGGAAAAUCCUGAGUUUUGAUAUAGUUGCUAGCCUUCUGGGGUUUUCAGAUCUACUUGAUUAGCCUUAAGAUAUGUUUUGAACUGAAAUUACCAUGUAAUUGGAUGAUAACUUGGUGCAGUAACAUGGUUCCGUCGGUGUAACUUUUUUUCUUUUUUUGAAAGAACCCUGCUUGUGAAUUAGGCCCCCUGCUUACGACAAUAAGAUUUUAUAGUGUGUCAUCCUUUGAAGAAGGGAGAGGUUUAGACGUUGUUGUUUGGUAGUUCAGUGUUUGUAAUGGUAUUUCUCUACAUAACUUAUGAACAAUUCCCGUUUGUUACUACCAAGCAUUAGUGAUAUAGGAUUGCAAUUUCUUUUGCCUCA